UAAGAAAUAUAAGAGAAAGAACGAGACAUAAGAAGAUGGGAACGAAGUGUUCGUCACAAUUACGUUACGUGGUCGUUUUGGUUCAGCUGCUUUUCGUCUUCCCUUGCCUCACCCAAUCGGCUCCUUUCUCAGUUACCGGCAGGAGAUUGAUGGGCAUAUAUAUGCCGAAUGGGGCAAUAAUCGCAGGAUCUUCAAAAUGUGGACAAGCACCAAAUAUAAAUAUUAAUUGUUUACCACGGUAAAAAUCUAAUUGUUUUCUAUGCAAAAUUGUCAAUUUUUCGAAUAUUUCAAAAUUUUCUAACCCUAUUACAUAUUCGCUUAUAUGACAUUUUGCAACCUUUGUACAUCAACUGGAUAAAUUUAUAUAUUAAUAAUAAAAUAUAUAAUUAUGAGAUGUAGGGAGGAGAUUGAUGCGCAUAGAAGCAAGACCUUCAAAAAGCAAAAAGGAUGGUGGUGGUCGUGGCCCUGAAAGUCCAGACCAAAAUCAAUGCUAGUUCUUGGAAGCAAAGAAAAGUCAACUAUACAAUUGUACUAGAAAGACUCGAACCAUGUUCUCCUAGUCCCAGUGUGAAUCCUUCGACGAUACCAUAAAUCAGUUGCGUAACUAGAUCCUAGUCUUAGUAUCUCUGGUGUUUAAUAAGGUUUUCUAAACAUAAUGUAUCUGUAUUUUCCAGUUGAAACCAUUCUUAUUUAAAUAUAUAUAACGUCGA